AUGGUGGCUCCCAGGGCCCGCUGCGCCCAGGCGCGCCGCUCCGUGGUGGUCGAGGCCAAGGGGAAGACCCGCAUGAGGGGCGGCGGCGCCCCGCGCGGGCAGCCCCAGAUCCCCGUGCCCCCCGUGGACCCCAACAACGCGGAGUUCGUCAUCUUCGUGCGCUCGAAGAAGCUCCCGUCCUGGGCGCCGCUCACGAUCAUCAAGGGCGGCGCGGCGGCCAACAUGCUGGUCAAGUCGCAGGAGAGCGACCUCGGGCAGAAGCUGUACAAGGACACGCUGACGAAGAACCUCGCGCAGGCGCUGUACAAGGACUACAACAGCGUGUGCGGACAGGUGCGCCGGCAGUACCCCAUGCUGAAGGCCGCCAAGGAGCUCGAGUUCGGGUACAAGAUCCGGGACAAGGAGAACCCCGCGGAGUGGUACGUGCCCAAGGGCAUCAAGGUCAUGCCCGACAAGGACGGCUUCGAGGAGAUGUCGGACAACGUGUUCGACAACAUCGGGAAGAGCGUGAGCAAGUUCCUCAAGGGCGGGGCGCCGGUCAAGUCCGGGCUGUGA